AUGCCCCAAGUAUUCUCAUCCUGGCAGGACAAGCUCCUGCACGAAUGCCGUAUCUUCAAAGCCGGCUUAGAUAUCCAAGCCAACAUUCUACGCUGCGACCCAGACGGUCGAGGAAAGGAUCGACACGCGGAUGUAUCUCGGGCAGUAGCAAAGCUGUCCGCUCGGACCGAUCGGAUCAUAGACAUUGCACUUGGUGUGCUUGUCAAAGCUCCAGAUAGCGAGAUCAUUCGUCGUAAUACUGCCUUUUGGAACCGUGAAGAUGAUGGCCAUUAUAAGUUCGAGAAUGUGUUUCUUAGCAUGGAGCACGAUUUGGUCCAUAUAACAUUGGCUCUCAAGAAGGGCCCUUGUCAGUGCGAAUGUAAUAACAUUGCUGCACGUCUUGAUAGAAUCGCGAGGAAGGUUUCGUUUAACCUGAAUGUUUAG